GCCGAAUGCGAAACCACAAAAGCCAGAACUGGCAGAAUGACACUUGUUCAUCAUCAUGUGGAUACACCGGUGUUCAUGCCGGUGGGAACUCAGGGAACAUUGAAAGGAUUGUUGCCUCAACAACUGGAGCAACUGGAUUGCCAAAUAAUUCUUGGUAAUACCUAUCAUCUUGGAAACAGACCUGGUGCAGAUAUUCUACGUAAAGCUGGAGGUUUGCAUAAGUUUAUGAACUGGAAAAGGGCUUUAUUAACGGACUCAGGUGGUUUCCAAAUGGUUUCAUUGUUACAAUUAGCUGAAAUAACAGAAGAGGGUGUAAAAUUUAAAUCACCAUACAAUGAAUCUGAAUGUAUGUUGACACCCGAACAUUCUAUUCAAAUUCAAAAUUCAAUUGGAGCUGACAUAAUCAUGCAACUCGAUGAUGUUGUUAGUAGUACUUUAACCGGACCAAGAGUAGAAGAAGCAAUGCAUAGAACGAUACGUUGGCUGGACCGUUGUUUGUUAGCGCAUGAAAGACUAGAUGAGCAGAGUAUAUUUCCAAUUGUACAAGGUGGUCUCAAUCCCGAACUACGAUCCGAAUGCGCACGUCAAUUAAUUAAGCGGGAGGUAAAUGGAUAUGCUGUAGGAGGUUUGAGUGGCGGUGAGAGUAAAGAUGAUUUUUGGAGAAUGGUCCACUUAUCAACGAAUAUCCUUCCAAAGAAUAAACCACGAUAUCUCAUGGGUGUUGGAUUCGCAAUAGAUUUAAUCGUAUGCAGUGCGUUAGGUAUCGAUAUGUACGAUUGUGUAUUUCCAACAAGAACUGCUAGAUUUGGUUGUGCGUUGAUAAAAACGGGACAGCUCAAUUUGAGACAGAUACAAUAUAAAAAAGACUCAAGACCAAUAGACGAAUCGUGCGAGUGUAGUACUUGCAAGACUUAUUCUCGCGCUUAUCUACAUCAAAUCGCCACUGUGGAGACAGUAUCAUGUCAUUUAUUAACCGUUCACAAUAUUGCAUUCCAAAUGAAGCUCAUGCAAGAUAUCAGAGACAGUAUUAAAGAGCAAAGAUUUCCUAGAUUUAUACAGGACUAUAUGUUGAUAGUUUAUCCAAAUAAAGACUAUCCAACAUGGAUAAUUAAUGCUUUACAGGCUGUCAAUGUUACCCUAUUAUAAAACAGGAUACCAUUGAUUUGUACUGCUACAUACUUCUUUAGACAAUAUAUUUUUUUUUCUGUCUACACGAAGAUUUUUAUAACUUAUUCCCGUAUUUUAUUUUUAUAAUUUUAUAAUUUUAUUUUUUUCAUUGAAAUCAUAGCAAUAUAUCUAAAUACUUGCAAGCUAUUAAUGUAUGUAAGUACUGUUGCAAGAACUGUUAAUAUUAUUUGUCAGCAUAGCACGGUUAUGGUUAUACAGUAUGUUCUAGAAAUUUUUGAAUGACAAAGCAAUCUUCUAUUACAGACAAACAUAGUGUGUACUGAUUCUACAAUGACAUAUUUCUACAAUUUUGCAAAUACAAUAUUUGCAAAAUAUAAAUCAAAUAAAUAA